AUGGCGAACCUUAUCUUCGCUCACUCGAGCGCGCCGCUCCGGACAAUUCAGGAGAUCCAGUUUGGUCUGCUGUCGCCGGAUGAAAUCAAGGCCAUGAGCGUAGCCCACAUCGUCUAUCCUGAGACUAUGGAUGAGACGAGAACCAAGCCACGCGAUGGUGGUCUCAACGACCCUUUACUCGGCUCAGUAGACCGACAAUUCAAAUGCAAGACAUGUACCGAAAACAUGUCAGAGUGCCCAGGGCAUUUCGGACACAUCGAACUGGCCCGCCCAGUCUACCAUCCAGGAUUCAUCAAACGGACAAAGAAAUUGCUGGAAAUCGUCUGCCAUAACUGUAGCAAGGUUUUGGCCGAUAGAAGUGAUCCUGCUUACGCCGCGGCUAUGAAGAUUCGCGACCCCAAAACUCGCUUCAAGCGUGUGUGGGACAUCUGCAAAGCGAAGCGCGUUUGCGAUAACCUUGCGCCGCAGAAACCCGAAGAUGGCUCGUAUGAUCCCAACGCGGGCCCAGCUGAUGGUGGUCACGGAGGUUGCGGCAAUACCCAGCCCGUUGUGCGUCAGCAGGCUCUGACUCUGUAUGCCAUGGUCGAGCACAAGGACGACGAAGGUGUGAAGACCAAGGAGAAGAAGGUUCUUACACCCGAGAUGACUCUCAACAUCUUCCGUCGCAUGUCAGAGGACGAGAUGGUCGAUAUCGGUCUCAACAUUUCCCAAGCCCGUCCCGAGUGGAUGAUCAUCACAGUUCUUCCCGUGCCCCCGCCGCCAGUGCGUCCUAGCAUUUCUAUGGACGGUACUGGCACCGGUAUGCGCAACGAAGACGAUUUGACGUACAAACUUGGCGAUAUCAUUCGCGCCAACGGCAACGUCAGACAGGCCAUCUCAGAAGGCUCACCCCAGCACAUCAUCACGGAUUAUGAGAAUCUUCUCCAGUACCACGUCGCCACCUAUAUGGACAACGACAUUGCUGGUCAGCCACAAGCUCUGCAAAAGAGCGGCCGUCCAGUGAAAGCCAUCCGCGCGCGUCUCAAGGGCAAAGAAGGUCGUCUGAGAGGUAACUUGAUGGGAAAGCGAGUCGACUUCUCGGCCCGUACUGUCAUCACGGGUGAUGCCAACAUUUCUCUGGAUGAAGUCGGUGUCCCACGCAGCAUUGCCCGCACCCUCACCUUCCCCGAGACCGUCACUCCCUACAACAUUGAGAAGCUCACCGGCUAUGUCAAAAAUGGGCCGAACGAACAUCCCGGUGCCAAGUACGUAAUCAGGUCGGACGGGACGCGCAUCGAUCUUCGCCAUCACAAGCGUGCGGGAGCUCUGCAGCUGGAGUACGGGUGGAAAGUCGAGCGUCAUUUGAUCGACGGUGACUUUAUCAUCUUCAACCGUCAGCCCUCUCUCCACAAGGAGUCCAUGAUGGGUCACAGAGUGCGCGUCAUGCCCUACUCUACUUUCCGCCUGAAUUUGUCCGUCACAUCGCCCUACAACGCCGAUUUCGACGGUGAUGAAAUGAACUUGCACGUUCCGCAGACCGAGGAGACACGUGCUGAAGUCAAGGAGCUGUGCAUGGUUCCUCUCAACAUCGUCUCUCCCCAGCGUAACGGCCCGCUCAUGGGUAUCGUCCAGGAUACACUGGCCGGCGUAUACAAGCUCACUCGUCGCGACACCUUCCUCACCAAAGAACAGGUGAUGGACGUCAUGAUGUGGGUCCCAGACUGGGAUGGAGUCAUUCCCCUUCCUGCUAUCUGGAAGCCUAGGCCCCGGUGGACUGGCAAGCAGAUCAUCAGCAUGGUGAUUCCCAGCAUUAUCAACCUUGCCAUGGGUGCCGAUGGCGAAGAGAGGGACGCCCCGCUUAAGGACGAGGGUCUCCUGAUUCAGCAAGGUCAGCUCAUCUACGGCUUGCUCACCAAGAAGAGUGUCGGUGCUGCUGGAGGCGGCAUCAUUCAUCUGUGCUACAAUGAGUUGGGCCCCUCCGGUGCCAUGGACUUCUUGAACGGGUGCCAGAGAGUUGUCAACUAUUGGCUUCUCCACUGCGGCCACAGCAUUGGUAUCGGUGACACCAUUCCCGAUGACAAGACCAUUGAGCUCAUUGAAAAGCACAUCAAUGACGAGAAGGCCGUGGUCGCCAAGCUUACCAAGAUGGCCACUGAAAACCAGCUCGAGGCUCUCCCGGGUAUGAACGUCCGUGAGACGUUCGAGAACAAGGUGUCGGCUGCCUUGAAUACGGCUCGUGACAAGGCCGGUACGUCUACCGAGAAGAGUUUGAAGGAUCUCAACAACGCCGUCACCAUGGCUCGUUCGGGUUCCAAGGGCUCUUCCAUCAAUAUCUCCCAAAUGACAGCGUUGGUCGGUCAGCAGAUUGUCGAAGGAAAGCGCAUUCCCUUCGGCUUCAAAUACCGCACCCUCCCUCAUUUCACCAAGGAUGAUUACUCCCCCGAGGCUCGUGGUUUCGUCGAGAACUCGUAUCUCCGUGGCUUGACUCCUUCGGAAUUUUUCUUCCACGCCAUGGCUGGUAGAGAAGGUUUGAUCGAUACUGCAGUCAAGACAGCCGAGACCGGUUACAUUCAGCGUCGCUUGGUCAAGGCUCUUGAAGACGCUGAGGCGCAUUACGAUGGUACGGUGCGCAACUCGCUGGGUGAUAUCAUUCAGUUCGUGUACGGUGAGGAUGGCCUUGAUGGUAUUGCCAUUGAAAAGCAAAAGGUCGACCACAUGAACUUGAACAACGCCAAGUUCGACAAGCGCUUCCGUCUCGACGUGAUGGACGAGACAAGCUCUGCUGCCGCUCUGGACGCCCUGGAAUAUGGCCGAGAGAUGGUCAGCGAUCCUGCCGUCCAGUCGCUUUUGGAUGAGGAAUAUGAGCAGCUUCUUGCCGACCGGAAGCAAGUCCGUGAAAUCAACCGCAAGAAGAAGGACGAUGACAGCAUGCAGCUGCCUCUCAACAUUGGCCGUAUUAUUGAUACUGCCAAGAAGCUCUUCAAGGUUGACAGCACCCAGCGCAGCGACCUGACUCCCAAGGAUGUCAUUCCUGCUGUGCAGGCCUUGCUUGCUCGCAUGGUGGUAGUUAGAGGCGAGGAUGAAUUGUCCAGAGAAGCUGAUUACAACGCCACCAUUCUCUUCAAGAUUCAGAUUCGCUCUCGUCUUGCGUUCAAGCGCCUGGCUGUUGAGCAGCGGCUCAACAAGCUCGCCUUCGACCAUGUUCUUGGUGAGCUCGAAAACCGUUGGUCCCGGUCCAUGGUCUCUCCUGGUGAGAUGGUUGGCGUGUUGGCUGCCCAGUCCAUUGGUGAGCCUGCCACCCAGAUGACGUUGAACACCUUCCAUUUCGCCGGUGUUUCUUCUAAGAACGUCACCCUCGGUGUACCGCGUCUCAAGGAAAUCCUCAACGUUGCCAAGGACAUCAAGACUCCGUCCAUGGUUGUCUACCUUGACAAGGAGAGAGCUACGCAAGAAGACGCCAAGUCGAUGCGUAACUUGGUUGAGCACACCAGUCUGAGAUCCGUCACAGCCAUGACUGAGAUCUACUACGACCCCGAUAUCACUUCCACUGUCAUCCCCGAGGAUUUCGAUCUCGUCGAGUCCUACUUCCUUAUUCCCGACACCUCUGACUCGCAGCCUAUCGAUAGUCAAUCCCGCUGGCUACUCAGAAUCAUGCUCGAUCGUCAAAAGAUGCUUGACAAGGGCUUGCGUGUGGAGGAUGUUGCCGCUGCUAUCAAACAGGAGUACAAGAAGGAUGUCGCGGUUAUUUUCAGUGACAACAACGCCGAGGAGAUGGUUGUUCGUAUCCGCGUCAUUCGCCAGAACGAUGACAAGGAUGCUGACGGUAACACUAUCAUCGAGGAUGAUGUUAUGCUGAAGCGUCUGGAGAAGCAUCUGCUUGACUCUUGUACUCUCCGUGGCGUUGAAGGCAUCGAGCGUGCUUUCCUGAACAAGACCGCCAGAUUGCUCGAACUCCCCGACGGAUCGCAAACGGCCAACAAGGACAAGGAGCCAGCCUGCGAGGAGUGGUAUCUUGAUACCCAGGGUACGGCCCUUAGAGAGGUCUUGACGGUUGAAGGUGUUGACACUACUCGCACCUACACCAACGACUUGUACCAGGUUGUCGAUGUGUUUGGAAUCGAAGCUGCUCGCUCGGCUCUCAUGGCUGAGUUGACGCAAGUGCUUGCCUUCGACGGUUCCUAUGUCAACCAUCGCCAUUUGGCUCUAUUGGUCGAUGUCAUGACCUAUCGCGGCAGCAUUGCUGCCGUUACUCGUCAUGGUAUCAAUCGCGCUGAUACUGGUGCGCUCAUGCGUUGCUCUUUCGAGGAGACUGUCGAGAUUCUUCUCGAAGCCGCUGCGGUUGGUGAGCUUGACGACUGCCGCGGUAUUUCCGAGAACGUCAUGCUUGGUCAGAUGGCGCCCAUGGGCACUGGUCACUUUGAGGUUCUUCUCGACCCCAAGAUGCUGGAGACUGUCAUCUCUGAUAACUCUCGCAUGGGUCUCAUGGCUGGCAUGACCAUCAAGGGUAACCAGCUUGAGGGUGCCGCGACCCCCUACGACACAGGCUCACCUAUGGCUGAUAACGGCUACCUUGGCGGGUCUUACUCCCCAACCAUGGGUAACUUCUCCCCUAUUGUGGGCAAUGAAUCCGGUGGCCCGCCUGGGUUCGCAUCUGAAUACGGUGGUGGUGGGUAUGGUUCCAGCUCGGUCAACCCGUAUGCUACAAGCCCUGGGCGACCUACGAGUCCCUUCACUACCUCCCCGACGUCGCCUUUCAGCUACGGUUACUCCCCGACGUCGCCUGCUGCUGGGUAUUCCCCCACCUCUCCGCUCAUCGACGCCGGUGGUCGGUUUGCUUCGAGCCCUCAGUUCAGCCCGUCCUCGCCGUCUUUCUCGCCAACGUCGCCUAUGCUUCGUCCUGGGAGCCCAACAAGCCCCAGCUACAGCCCGACUUCGCCGAGCUAUUCUCCUGCGUCUCCGGCUGCCACCCGUCACUACUCCCCGACAUCGCCCGCGCAGUUCCAGUCACCGACCUCGCCGUCGUACUCGCCGACGAGUCCGAGCUACAGCCCAGCGUCCCCUGCGUUCCAGGCCACGUCGCCAUCAUACUCGCCGGCGUCGCCCAACUGGUCGCCCACGUCGCCAGAUGCUUACUCGCCGACAAGCCCCACCUUCCAGCGCUCUCCCGGGCAGCAAAUGUCUCCAACCAGCCCUGGGUAUUCACCAACGUCUCCUAGCUUCUCUCCCAGAACGCCGGGUCGCGCCGCGGGAAGUGGUGGUGAUCAAUAG